AUGGAUAGUGAUCGUAUAGUCUCGAGCUUAGUGAAUGCUGCAGUGUCAGCAGCUGAUGCCGGCUCAUCGGAUGAUGAUUUUGAGGACAUUCUCACUAAUACCAGGAGGUCAUUCCGUCGUCCAAUAUCUGGCGCUGGACCUGGUAGAAGAAAAAACAACACAGUCAAGAAAGCCACCUUUCUGUUGAGGAGGAGCAACGCAGACUUUCUGCCUACCUCCUCAGAAUUGAAGUAUCUAACAGAUAAUGGAUUUGAAGUAGAUUCCGAGACCACAAUAAGAUUUAGCCCUAUACAACCUAUUAGUACUAGUGGUUUGUAUACAGUAGAAGAAAUUAAUAAAGCCCAACGUAGUUUGACUUUUGGAGUGGAGAGACAAGCAGUUGAAAAUAUCAUAACCAGAAGAGUAGCAGGUUUCGAAGUUAGCAACCAAGGAUAUUCUACAUUGAACAUAUUUGAGCCAGCAGAAAUGGAAAAAUUGGCAAAAUCCACGUUGCGAAAAAUAUGGGGAUGGUUCACUGAUGUAGGGAUAUUUUUCAGUGGAGUUAUGGGAAUUUAUAUGAUUUUCAAAUGCAUUCAGUACUUUGUAGGAAUUAUCCUGAAUGGCGUUCAUCUUUAUAAAAUAUUUGGAUGGAGUUUAGCACUAAUCGCCAGUAUUUGGAACACCUUAACUAUGUGGCAAAAAGAUGGAAUGAUAUUUACAAGAUCAUGGUCUAUAGAGGAAGUGGAGGAAUAUAUUUGUACCAGGUAUUCAUCAGUACCACUACUACUUGUUGGGUUCAGAUUUGCAAAGGCUCUUAAAAGCAGACAAUUGCAAGUUUUGAAUGGCAUUACCAAUGUGGAAGGUUUAUUGGCAGAAAUGAACCAAUGCCACUCUGGCACUAGAGGUAGAGGCCGAGUGAAUCAAUCAGAACAAGUCAUCUCUGCUAGUCGCUUAUCCGGCAACUUACCCAGAGGAAGAAGAAGCAGGCAAUCAGAAUAUGUAAACUCCACUUCUAGGAAAGUUGUUGGAGAACAUGAAGAUGUAUUCGGAGAUUAUAACUAUGGACUUGAUUCAAGUAUCACUGUUGAUGUUAUUAAUAAUGAAAUAGUGAUACCUACACUACAGGAAGAUGCUGAGGUUGUAAAUAUCAAUAUAAAACGGGAACAUUGUGUUGAUGAAUUGUUUGUUAAGUACCAGGAUGAUACUAUAACCGAAAAAAAAAUUUCUGUUUCCUUUAUUGAUGAGAUAGGAGUUGAUGGGGGUGGUUUGACUAAAGAACUUUUCAAUUAA